UCUCUGUUUAUUUGUAUUGCUAUUACUAUAAAUUCACAUGUACCGUAACAUAAUACGGGGUUAAAUCAUUUCAGUGUUCCUUUUAUUAGUUUAUAAUAUGUAUUGUUUUGUUUUUUUCUGGACGCGCUUUGGUUAAAUUAACAGAUAACGGACACGGCGUUUAAGAUAAAAUAAGACGUUGUCCUCCAACUUUCGCUUUCAAUUCCUUGAACAUUAGCUGAUUUUCUUUCGAUUUUCAAAACAUUGCAUUGAAUUAAGUAAACCUGACGGUUCAUCAAGUACGCACUUUAAAUCACCAUGGAAUGCUUCAUGUGCAAAGUGAGGAAACUGCCGAACGAGUUUGCACCCGAACCAUUGACGGAGGUCUGUGAACACCCAGUUUUGCACUGUUUACGGUGUACGAUCAAGAGUGUUAAGGACUCAUCAACAUGCCCUUAUCCAGAAUGUGGAUCGUCUGUAAAGCUCACCGACAACAAGCCCCAGUACUUUCAGGCCAUUCUCGAUGACCUUUUCAAGGAGUAUGCAGUUGAUGACGAUGAUGACACCGACGUUAAUGGUGGAGCUACACAUUUCUCUCUUGGCGGAACACUUACAAUUUCGCUUUUGACAGGAGAGAGCAUUGCCAUCCCCUUUACCCCAAGCAUGGAAAUUUUGCAGCUAAAGGCUAAAAUCAUGAACCAGCUUAAACAUGAUACCAACAAGCAGAAACUGCUGUACAAGGAUACGGAACUCAUGAGUUACCAAAGCAAUGGCGCACAUUCCAAACUGUCGGACUUCGCAGUCAAACCGAAUUCCACCAUUCAGCUUGUUGUGCUUCUGUUUGCAAUUCCGGACAACUUUAACCACGUCGUUUUCGACCUGUUUUGGGAAUAUCCUUCUUCAGGGAUGGAUUUCCUUGAUGCAUCAUGUCUAAUUUUUCAAGGAACUUCUUUUCAAAGAUAUUGUGAUUACCGAAAUCGAGCGUCUAUAUCUGCUCUGUCACAUUCGGGCGAUGUUAUGGAUGGUCGUAAUAGAAAAGGACACCACACCAUUCAAGUAAAACUUCAAGAAAUACCACCAAAUAUCAGUCAUCUUUUCUUCACACUGAGUGCAUAUAACUCUCCAAAUAUUUCGCGAUACCCUAACCCGAGUUUGAGGUUUUACGAAGCAGCGAAUCCUUCCAAGAACUUGUGCAAAACUACGUUUCACCAUGCCAGGGCAUCACAGGCUGUCGUCAUGUGUUCCAUGUCCCGUAAUGCUACAGGUGGAUGGGAAAUAUUCGAAUCUGGGAAACUCUCAUCUGGAAAUGCCAAAAACUAUGCACCGCUGAAGACAACCAUCUGUUCUCUUAUUUCACAGGGAUUUUAGCUGUGUAGAAACUGUAAGAAUAACAAGCUAUCAGAUAAUUAUUUUAACAAUAGUUACUGUAUUGAUGAAGUUAACUAUGAGUUUCCUUUGAUUAAUGAAAUAUAUCGUUAUAUUGAAUUAAACAUUCUAGCAUGGUUCUGAAAGCUCGCUUAAGUGUCAGCCUGUUUCGGCUUUCCCGAAUUUUAAGAAAAUAUAUUAUCAACAUUAAAAUGCUUUCAACGAA